AUCGCUUUUUACUGCCAAAAAUGAUCGAAUAGUUCGCUCUACUAAACCCUUCAACCUCUAAAGAGGUAGCGGGAAUAGAACUGCAUGCCUGUGUAUCCACCACAUCCUCAUAUUCGCAGACAACUCAUCCGCGAUCACAACAAUCUAUAAGCAGAAACUAAUCACAGCCUGCCAAGGCUACGCUCAACGAUUUCGACAAUCCAUAGAGACAUCCCUGCUACAAGACAUGGUGGAAAUCGCCUGGUGCCCAGGACAUGACGGAAUAGAGGGCAACGAUAAGGCAGACAAACUAGCGAAGAAAACGGGUAAACUGCGGGCUCUAGAAAGCUGGAGGAAGGAGCACAACUGUAGACCCCUCCGAGGAGGAUUCACACUCUCUGACAGAUUAACUCCUCUUUGGAAACCCAGAGAGAAAUCUACGGACGACUUAUCCACUGCCGAACUUGACAUGCAUUCCCAGGCGAAUACUAUGCCAAAUUUGUACCGACAGAAUGCCCCUGCAGUAUGCGCUGCGAAAUAGUCUAUGCAAUGGAUCAGAUAAAUUGGACAUGAGUGAGAUACUUGGAAGCGAGGAGGGGAUAGAAGCACUCCACACAGGACAAUCUCCAUUAUUGGAACGAUCAUCACCAUCACAUAUGUAUCAAACGGUUUUCGGAUUAGGCAAACCCAGUUACUCAUGCAAUCGAAAU